UCAUUAACAAAGGUUCGGCAUUCGGUCGCAAGUAAGCUGCGAUAUCGAAUCUCCUUUACCAUAUCUUUACAUACGUGAAAAGGAAAAAAGCAAUAAUGCCUGUUGAUUUGAACGGCUACUGGAAAAUGAUUUCCAGUGAAAACUUCGAGGAGUACUUGAAAGCGUUAGACGUGAAUGUCGCAAUCAGGAAAAUCGCCACUCUGCUGAAACCAGACAAAGACAUCACUCAUAAUGGCAAUCACAUUAUCAUUAAAACGCUCAGCACAUUCAAGAAUUACAACAUGGACUUCGAGGUGGGGAAGGAAUUUGAAGAGGAUCUAAGUGGUGUGGAUGAUCGAAAAUGCAUGACUACGAUUACCUGGGAAGGGGACAAGCUGGUUUGCGUGCAGAAGGGAGAGAAGGCAGGCAGGGGCUGGACACACUGGGUAGAGGGGAACAAGCUACAUUUGGAACUGAGAGCAUGCGGAGCGGUUUGCAAACAGGUCUUCGAGAAACAGAGCUAAAUUUGCCCCAGUGACUGAGAGUAGCACAGAAGCACAGGGCCACAGAUAGGAGCCAAACCUGUGGCAGAACCACCCUCCCUCUCUGUUCAUCCGGCCAUUUCUUCAAUGAAUCCACCUAACCCCUCCCCACUCUCCACCUCCCACCACAUCCCAACGACCAUCUAUAUCCACUAUUGUAUCAUGCCUAUAGUGUUCACCGAGCACCCCCUUCCCCCCACCCCACCCCACCCCACACCCUGUGCCUACCACGACCAUUGUCUCUAUUAGAGACCAGCCAUACUGUAAGUGGAUGGCAAAGCGUUCUGAUUUGUCUUUUUCUCCUGUCAGAUAUAAAGAUGUCAACUGCUCACACUCCUACUCUGACUCAGAGAGAGGGAACACUUUGAUUAAUUUGCGCCUGGGUGUGGAUGAAUUAACAAUGUGUAGACGUAGGAUUUUGCCAUUAGCGCCUCUGUCUCUGAUAGAGCGAUGGCAGCGCCAGACGGAUGUCUGGGUCAAGCUGCUGCAGGUGUGAAUGCGGGAUUUGUGUCUGAGAGCACAAGGAAAGGAGCCUGACACGAUGCUGUGUAUUUUUCCCGUGAGGUGUGGCAGUGACAAACGGCGGAAAACGGGAGAGGCGGGUGAGCCUCGCUGGGCGGUUGUAACUCUCUGGGUAGAGUCCGGCAGAUACUAACGUCUCCUGGGCAAAAUGUCCAUCAUUUAUGCUUUGUCUCCGCCCCCAAUUGGGGAAAAAAUCAGAAGUAAAUAAAGAGGAAAUCGAUACCCUU